AUGGAACAUCACAACAUUAGUAAAGUGACUGAGAUUCUGCUUUUGGGGUUUAAGGAUUUACACAGGUUAAAUUAUCUGUUCUUUCUUCUCCUGAUGAUCAUCUACUGUAUGACUGUAUGUGGAAACCUCCUCAUCAUUCUGGUGGUGUCUUACAGCCGAUCGCUCCAUUCUCCCAUGUACUUCUUCCUCACACAGCUCUCCCUCUCAGAUAUCCUUCUCUCCACCACCAUCGUACCCAACAUGCUCCAUUUUGUGUUAUAUGAAGGAAGUUCUGUGUCUCUUAUCAGCUGUUUGACUCAGUUUUAUUGUUUUGUAGCAACCGAAUCAAUAGAAUGUCUUCUCCUGACUGUGAUGUCCUACGAUCGGUAUCAGGCCAUCUGUAACCCUUUACGCUACACCACAGUCAUCGACCAAAGGUUUUGUAUAAAAGCCAUUGUAUUGUGCUGGUUAGUGAUUUUUAUUAUGGAGUUGAUGACUGUCUUAACAAUGGGCCAAUUGGAUUUCUGUGGACCAAACAUGAUUGACCAUUUCUUCUGUGACUUAGAGCCUUUACUGGGGCUUUCCUGUUCAGACACUUUUAUAAUGAAAUUAGAGACUUUGCUUUUUGUCAUUUUUAUUGCUAUUUGUCCUGUUAUAGUCAUAAUAGUGUCCUACAUGUACAUUAUCUUCACCAUCCUAAAGAUCCCCUCUGUGACCGGGAGGCAGAAGACCUUCUCCACCUGUAGUGCCCAUUUAACCGUGGUGUCUCUCUAUUAUGGAUCACUUAUUACCAUCUAUGUAUUUCCACGUCAACAAAAUGCUAAGACCUUUCUAUCACUGUUCUACACUGUAGUAACUCCACUACUUAAUCCUAUGAUUUACAGUCUCAGUAACAGAGAUAUUAAGCAGGCUCUUAAGAAACUCUUCAAAAACAUUCUGCAGUUCCUAAGUUUUUGA